UUGAUUAUAUCGACUUUUCUAAUAAGUCUACGAUUUUGUAUUUCACGAGGGUCGGUUGAUAGUCACUGCGUGCAAGGAAUUUUCUUCGGAAUUCAGCGCAACGUCGAACGGUUGCCUUAUUUUUUCACGUUUCAACUUUACGAACUAAACGUACUAAUGUCGAUCUCUACUAUUAGACGACAAGUUAAAAAUGUUGCCUAUAAUUUUUCGGACGCUCAAGUGAAAGUUAGGGAAGCUACAUGUAACGAUCCAUGGGGACCAUCCACAGCCCUUAUGUCUGAAAUCUCUGACCUCACCAAUAAUCCAAUGGCUUUCACCGAAGUAAUGUCUAUAAUUUGGAAGAGAUUAAACGAUUCAGGGAAAAAUUGGCGCCAUGUCUAUAAAAGUCUAGUUCUGCUCGAUUUUUUGAUUAAGUGUGGAAAUGACAAGGUUUCACAGCAGUGUCGAGAGAAUAUCUUUACAAUUGAAACGCUCAAAGAUUUUCAGCAUAUUGAAGAUAACAGAGAUCAGGGUCUUAAUAUUCGCGAAAAAGCUAAGCAAAUAACUGCACUACUAACAGAUGAAGAGCGUUUGAAGAAUGAACGAACACGUUUUAUGCUCACAAGGACAAAAUUCCGUGAAAAUAGUGCGCUAGCUGUUGGAUCAGAACGAAGAAUCAGACGGUCUGAUACUGGCACUGCAUUAGAUCCUGAGAUAGAGGAUGCCCGACCUUCUUCGGUUGGCGAAGAGGAAAUGCAACUGCAAAUUGCAAUCGCACUAUCUAAGGAAGAGCACGAAAAGAUUGAUGAAAUGAUGAGAAGCGAUGAAGUUCGACUUCAGCUUGCUCUGGAAGAGUCUCAACGUGAAGCUGAAAGAAUGGCUAAAAUGGAACAGAAAACUGUCAACAGUGGACAGCUUACACAAAGUGCUCUUGACGAUUUGCUUUCUCUUGGAGUUGGAGAGGUGAAUCUCCACAGGUUUUCAAGUUCCUUUUUUCAGUUUGCUAGAGAUGGUGAUAUAGUCUCUGGGCUUUACUUUUUAAAUCAUUGUACUUGA